AUGCCCGACGCGCCCACCCUCGCCGCACGACGCGGCCAGAGCCACAUCGGCACCCCCACCAGGCCGCCGCCCAGGUCCAGGCCUCACUCGCACCACCGUCGCAGGUUCCGCCCCUCAAAGGCCACCCUCGAGCGCGGUUGGACCCACGCCUCGUUCCACUUCUCGCUCGCCGCCACUUUCCUCGCCAUCGGUAUCGUCUGGGUCAUCACCCCGCUCGCGUGGGCCUACGUCCUGUGGACCCUCGUCACCCUCCACCCCAAGCUCGCCUCGUCGCGCCCGGCCCCGGCCACCUCGUCGACGUCGCCGCUCCGCAUCCUCCACUGGUGCACGUUCGCCUACUGCGUCGUCGAGUGCGUCUUCUCGGUCGGGUACCGCCUCGUCGCCAUCCGCUGCAACGCCCUCCGCACCCCGCACCGCCACGGCCGCAAGUACCUCCGCGCCCUCUUCCUCCGCUCGCUCGAGAACGGCCUCGACCUCGACGCCGACGCCGACGACAGCAGCCCCGACGACGACGAUGACGACCACGUCGACCGCACCGACAAGCGCAAGGGCGCGAGCGCGACCGUGCAGCGCGCGUCGGGCACCGACAAGCUCGAGGACGACUGGGCCGAGCGCGCGCGCGACGAGGAGGAGGCCCAGCGCGGCUCCGACAGCGACCUUCCCGCUACCGCCGGCACCGGCGUCAAGGCCAAGAAGGGCCGGCGUCGCGCGGCGGCCGGCGCAGGCGACGGCGCGUCGACGCCCGAGCUGGGCACGGCCGACCUGCCCAGCGGCGCCAAGGGCGGCCGCGCUCGUGGCUCGAGCGCCUCGAGCGACUACCUGUCGGCGCGCGUCCUUCCCGUCCUCCGCACCGACGACCCGUCGCCUCGCGCGCCCUCGUCGUCGUCGUCGUCGUCCCGCAUGCCGACGAGGUCGACCUCGCGCCACCUUGCCGCCGCCGUCGAGCCGUCGCGCUCGCGCUCGUCGCUCGACUCGCGCGACGAAGGCUUCGGCGGCGACAUGUCGCGCCUGUCGCUGCGCACGCUCGACUCGGCGCUCGGCGCGAGCCCGCGCUCGACGACGGCGCCCGUCCUCCCCCUCGUGGCGCCCACCGCCGGCGCCGCGCCGUCGUACCCGCCGUCGUCCUCGGCCCCGGUCGACGUCCACGCCGCCAAGAAGCAGCACGCGCACCCGGACGGGCACCCGCACCCGCACACGCGCUUCCUCCCGCGCCUGUCGCCGACCGACCCGCGCGCGCUCGAGUUCCGCGAGCUGCUCCGGUUCUGGUUCGGCGGGUGCGACUUUGACGCCAUCGGCCGCCUCAACAUGGCCGACUGGUUGGCGUGGAGCAUGUACGGGUGCCCGCUCGAGGAGCUCGAGGACGAGAGGAGGGAGUGGGACAAGGCCGGGCGGCCCGUCCUGACGACGGCCGACGGCGCGCCCGACCGCGACUCGGACGUCGACGAGUCGGGCGACGAGGGCAGCAGCGGCGACGACGACGUCGAGGAGCGCGUCAGGGCGAGGAGGACGAGGACCGAGGAGAGCGUCGAGGCGGACCGGCUCGGACUCGUGCACCACUGCCUCGUACUCGUCCAAGCUCGCGCCGCACACGUCUUCCCUCCCGGCCGCAACCCGGCCGUCAAGCCGCUCCGCCUCACGCUCGACCCGGUCCGCGUCACGAGCCGGCCCUUCCUCCUGUACCUCGUCGUCUUCCUCCUCCAGAAGAGUGUCAUGGGCAUCGCCAUGGCGCGCGGCUUCAAGAAGGGCGACGACCAGGGCACGCGGUACCUCGUCAAGAUUCCCGAGGGCUGGUCCCCGAGGGAGGACGCGCCCGAGGACGAGAAGCCCUUGGUCUUCAUCCACGGUCUCGGCAUGGGUCUCGCUCAGUACACGACCCUCGUCUCGGUCCUGUCCAAGUCGCGCGCCGUCCGCAACCGGCCCAUCCUCGUCCUCCUCCAGCCCCACAUCAGCAUGUCGAUCUUCUCGCCCGGCUACCUCGACCCGGUCGAGCAGGAGGACUGCGCCGCCGGCCUCGACCGCGUCCUGCGCAAGCACGGCUUCGACGAGCGUGCGGGAGGAUGCACGGUCCUCAGCCACUCGAACGGCUCGAUCGUCCACGGCUGGUUGCUCAAGCAGCACCCGAACCUCGUCGCCCGGUCGUGCUUCGUCGACCCGGUCGCGUUCCAGCUGUACGAGCCGUGGGUCUGCUACAACGCGCUGUACGCGCCGGCCAAGAAGCCCAUGGAGCACCUCAUGCGCUACUUCGUCAUGCGCGAGCUCGGCGUCUCGUUCAUGCUGUCGCGCACCUUCUCGUGGACGUCCAACCUCCUGUGGCCGCACGAGAUCCCGUCGCACGCCGACGCGCACAAGACGGCCGUCUUCCUCGCGUCCGACGACUCGAUCCUGUCGGCCGAGCGCGUGCGCGUCUACCUGCGCCGCAACGGCAUGCGCGAGGUGCGCGCGCCGCGCCGGGUCGGCGACGAGCCGGGCGGAGGAGGGCUCAAGGUGUUCGAGGGCCUCAAGCACGGCGAGAGCAUGAUUGGCGAGGGCGCGCCGUUCGAGGAGGUCAUGCGCUGGGUCACGUGGGACGGCAGGGACCCGACGGCGUACGAGGUCGGCGCGUCGGGCUCGUCGUCCGAGGCGCCCGAGUCGACGGCUCGUCCUCGUCAACCUCGCCAGACUCGAGGCCCUCGCAAUCGCCCUCGCCCGUCCACCCUCUCUCGGCCACCUUCCCUUCCUCGGCCGCACGUCGUCGCCCACGAGCCCUACCUCCCCGGCACCAACGCCGGCUUCUUCAGCUCGAACGAGAUGCUCCCCGGGCAAGCCGGCCGCACCGUGCCCCGCCGCCUCGGCAUCUACCCGCUCUCGAGGGCGGUGCGGUACGAGCGCUUCUGCAAGCGCGGCGAGGAGACGACGAGGGCAGAGCUGCGGCGCCUGAAGGAGCACGGCCUCGAGUUCUGGGAGUCGCCCCGAGCAGCCGCCCUGUACUCGGCCUUCCCCGAGCAGGAGCAACCGGGCGUCGCCGCCGACGUCAAGGCGGUCGCCGACAGCGGGUCCGACAAAGGCUCGCCGCCGGCGCCUGCAUCCUCGACCGCUCGCCGCACGCCCAGCCGCAAGCCAGCCCGCCCGACCGGCUUCUUCACCCGACCCGCCUCGAGCUCGUCAAUCCUUCGCCCACCCGCCGUCAACAACCCGUUCAGCUUCCCCGUCGGCUCGACCUCAUCGUUCUCGAGCGUCGCCGAGCGCCGCAUGGCCGAGCUGCGCGGCAAGAUCCCCGCCGACGCCGAGAUCGACCUCAAGCAGAUCAUGGCCGACCUGCGCGACCUCGAGCUGCUCGACCUCUACAACAACGUCAAGGCCAAGCCGGCGACCGGGUUCAAGGAUGCAGCCCGUGCGCUCUAUCCGCUCUUCCACAAGUUCGAAGCCGGCGAGUCGAAGCGGGUCACGUUCGCCGACCUCGAGGGCGCACUCGCGCCCGAGUUCACGGUCCCGUGGACCUGCAUCGGCGAGCGCCUUCUCGAGGGACGGGUGUCGCGCCUCAAGGGCCUGAGCGCCAAGGACAAGGCCGUCCUCCUCUUCCUCCAGAUCUACAACGUCGGUCCGACUCGAGCCCUCAAGUACGCCGACGCCGGCUGCCGCACCCUGGCCGACCUCGAGAAGCGGCAAGACUCGGACAACAUCAAGCUCAACAAGGCGCAGAAGAUCGGGCUGCGGCAUCGCGAGGACAUCCAGCGCCUGAUUCCUCGCGCCGAGGUCGAGAAGCUCCAGGUCGCGCUCGAGAAGGCGGUUGCCGCCGUCGACUCGCGCUUCGAGUGCGAGGUCCUUGGCUCGUACCGGCGCGGCGUCGACUUCUCGAGCGACAUCGACUUUGCCGUCCGCCACCCCGACUUCCAGGACAAGGACGACGAGGAGGUGAGCAAGGCGCUCAUGGGCCAGAUCGUCGCCGAGCUCGAGAAGCAGAAGCUCGUGUCCGAGGAGGACCAGCUCAUGUCCGGCGGCAAGAAGUAUGCGGGCCUCAUCCGCCUGCCCCGCCACAAGUCGUUCCGCCGCAUCGACAUUCGGCUCGCGCCCUAUCACUCGUACCCGUACAUGCUCCUCGGCUCGAGCGGCGACGCCAUGCUCAUGAAGCUCCUGCGCCACACGGCCAAGCGGAAAGGGCUCUGCCUGAACGAGUACGGGCUCGGCCAAGCGUACGCGCCGGAAGACCAGAACCCGAACGGCUUCAAGCCCGGCACGCUCAAGCUCGUCAACAGCGAGCGCGAGAUCUUUGACCUGCUCGGCAUGCCUUACCUCGAGCCCAGGGAGCGCGAGCUCAAGGUGUGGCGGGACAAGCACGCCAAAGCGGGCGUCGCUGCAGUCGAGUACCUCCACAAGCUGUAG